AACCCAUUAAUUUCCCUCCUAUUCUCCAUUUUCCUUCCAAAAGGUAUCCCCUUCUUCAACUUCUAGACCAAAAAGGCAACUACUACUACAACCUUGUCAGUGCUUCCUUCGAGAACUCAACCUGGAUCCUGGUCUUGGCGCUAGCAGUUCAAGCAUGGAUGUUAUGGAAGAGGAACGAUAAGAGAGGAUAUACAAAACUUAACAGAAAGGAAGACAAUGGGGAUAUUAAGUUUGUCGUUGCUUGGGUGAUCUGUGAAUUGAUGUUUGUGUACUCAGUAUGGUGUGUUUGAGUUAAUCUUGCAAGCCAUGGGUUUGUGGAAAGGACUGUUUCAGGGUUCAUCUGUAUUUUAGUUGUUUUAUUUGGACUUUUGAAGAUUCUUGAGGUGAAGAUAGGUCUCGUUGUGGAGAGCAAGAUCAGUUUGGCAAGAUUUUUUGUGAUUCCUAUAUUUUUAUCUCUUGGCAUCACGAUGACUUGCACAGGAUACUGUGAAUGAAUUUUUAAUACAACAGUGUUUCAGCAUACUCCAGGAGUCGAUAGCCAUGCGACAACAGCUUAUGAAAGGAGAGAUUUACACAAGAUAUGAACUCCAUCUUCAAGAGUCUGCAUGGUAUACCCAACUUUGCCUAGUAAUGCUGGCAAUGAAGUAUUUAUAAAUUUCCAUAUAAACCCUGAAUCUUGUGAAGCAAACAAGUGAGCUCCUAUUUUUAGAUAUCAAAGAUACAGCCAUGGAAAGAAUAAUUCAAACUGGGAAAAUGGAACUCCAAUUCUUGGAGAAUAUGAACUUCCUUCUUCUGAAUACACUUCAAGAGACAUCUACACUGUAUAUUUGGAAAACCUAGAGCAGUCAUCUACUUAUAGGUUUAUGAUUGAUGAGCCUAGUUGGAAGGACUACCAGCCUCAGAUUUACUCCUAUAAGACUUUUGAUCCUGAAAAUUACAGGAUAAUAGCAGCAGGAGAUAUUGGAAACCAAGAAAAGGCUAUAGAGAUGAAUACCAACACAGUUUCUAACUUAGAAUUUGACCUGAUAAUGGUCGGAGGAGAUAUUGCUUAUGACAACAAUAUUCCUACAUGUUUCUAUGUCUGGGACCACUUACUUCAUAAUAUUCCUUAUGGAAAAUAUGACUCAAUUACAAAUUCUACAAGGCUUGCUGCCUUCAUAAUGGGAGUUGGAAACCAUGAUGUUGGAGUCAGUUCAUUUUCAAAUGGAGGGAUUCCUCAUAAUGCUCAUCAACCUGUUUACAAGCAUUGGUUCCCUCAACAGAGCUCUGUGAAUGAAGUUCCAUUUUUAGAAGAGCGGAAAACAUACUUUUCACAUAGUUUUGGAGAUAAACUCUUGAUAAUAUCUUUGGAUACACAGUACGAAGUGGAUAUGGAUGGGGAGCAAGCACACUGGCUUGAAGAAACUCUGAAGAACUCUAAUCAUAAAAUAAAAAUUGCCCAAUACCAUGGACCUAUUUAUCCUUCCUGAGAACCAGAGGACACUCAUGAUUAUUGGGUAGAAGAUGCUGGCAAAAAAUAUUGGGUUCCUCUCUUUGAUAAAUACAAUGUCACACUUGUCUCUGAAAACCACACUCAUUCGGUAAAAAGAACAAAGAAACUCAAAGGUGGGAAAGAAGACCAGACUGGAACUGUCUACAUUGGGGAAGGAAACUGGGGCUGUUAUAUUCAUGACAUUGGCUGCAUAGACAGAAACCCUGACUUGCAAUUAUUCUCCACCAUCGACAGAAAUAUAUGGCUGAUUCAUCUUGGCUCAAAUCUUGAUUUGAAGGCUUACAACGAAAAGAACAAAAUUCUUGAUGAAUCUGUAGUUGAAUAUUAAGUAGCUUUUGAACUAACUCCAUCGUAAAUUUCAAGAAGCAUUAGAGGACUUCUAAAAUUUUAAUAGACUCUAGAAUUUUGAAUAUGUUGGUAUUAUUUUAUCUUUCAAAUUUUCAUUCC